AUGUCCGGGAGUGUAUCUAGCGCAAACGAAGGUAAACUUAUAGCCUUCACAUCUCAUCCCAUCAUGGACGUGAAAGAAAUCAAGUCGACCGUGUCGAAUUUGGAAAAAAGCUCAGAUGACACUACCAUUCUCCGGCUUUUGAACAUCUUGAACGAUGGGGUUGAACCUUCGGAAAAGCUUUUGCGAGAAACAAAAGUCGGUGUGGCUAUCAACAAGUACAGGUCGAGCUCCAACAGUGAAAUCAGCGCUUUAGUCAAGAAAAUGAUCAAGAAGUGGAAGGAGGCGGUCCAGAACGAGAAAAAUGCUAAAAAGAAUGCUUCUUUAGCUUCAGCCUCGUCUUCUACUUCGGCCCAUCCAGCCCCAGGUUCCGCUUCCGGAAAAUUCCACACUGGCCCUAGAAACCCCAAAACUGACGGCGUCAACACCACUCUUUAUGACCAUUCUACGAGAAACGCCUCUGUCAGCGCUUUGUACACGGCGUUGGCCAUUGAAAGAGACGAUGACAGCAAAACAAUUUUACGUAUUGCCACAGAAAUCGAAAGUGAGGUGUUUAAGUCAGAGUAUUCCAACGUCAAUGACAACUACCGUAAUAGAUUGCGGACCUUCACUAUGAAUUUGAGAAACAAAAAGAACCCUGAGUUAAGAGCACGCUUAUUAAGCGGUCAAAUUACACCUUCUUCCUUUAUCAAAAUGACUCCCAACGAAAUGGCGCCUGAAGCGUUGAAGAAGGAGAUUGAGAAAUUGCACAAGCAAAACCUUUUUGAUGCACAAGGUGCCACGGAAAAGAGAGCUGUUACAGAUAGAUUCACUUGCGGAAAGUGCAAGCACAAGAAGGUUUCAUACUACCAGAUGCAGACCAGAUCUGCUGAUGAGCCCUUAACAACGUUCUGUACAUGCGAAAACUGUGGCAACAGAUGGAAAUUCUCCUAG